GUAUAAAAUUGAAAAUUAAAAUAAAUAUAAAAAGAUAUAGGUCUUGCAAGUUGCACGGUUGCACCUGAAAUUUUGAGAUAAAAAAAUUAGACCCACGUCAGAAUGCGACAUAAUAAGAUUCUGUAAAUAAGAAGAACAUUAGUGUCAAGAGCCAAACUGCGACCAUAACCCCACCCUGAAGCCCCUUUAUAUUGCGAUUGGCCCCUUUCAUUUUGCCAUCGUUUACUUUUUGACCGUUGCUUUUCCCCUCUCUCCUUCCGGAACUCAUUGCCGGUAAAAAUCGCACUAAAAAACAGAGCUCAGCACAGCUAGCUGUUCGUGCUGCAAUUUCCAUUCGCGGAUAGCGAAGGUGCGACCUUCUUCUCCUUCAUCUGUCUUCUUCUUCUUUGUCUUUUAGCUCGUUAGUGGCGAAUCACGAACCACCAUUUCCUUUUUCCUAAAACGCAUUUCGUUUUACUUGGCUUUAUUCGUUUUUUCUCUCUGUCUGUUUGUAACUUUCAGUCUCUUCGACUUGUUUUUUUGCUGAUACGGGUUGAGGUUUUAUUGAUGUUGAUUGAUAACUUGUUUUAUACUCCGUAUAUAAAAUGGUGGGGUUUUGCCAUUUUGUUCUUACUGAAAUUCUGCCGCACUUCAUCUAAUUCGAAAAACCCAUUUUUUAGAAAAAUAAAAUCAGAGAUUGGAAAACGAGGUUUUGGCAUUUUAGAUGGAGUAUGAGCAGUAGGGAAUCUUAUUUAAGCUAUGCUUGUCCGUGUUUCACUUUCCUGCAUCAAGAUAACUUAUCUGAGUAAUUGAGCAAAUCGUUUAUGAUACGAAGUACAGUAUAUGGUUUCUACAUGGGUUUUUCCUGAAAACUUGAAGGACAAGAAAAGAACCUUAAAUCCUGCUUUAUCUGUUCAGAAAUCUGUGCAUUUACACGAUUACAUCCUUUUCUUGCUUGUUAUCUUUCUUUACGUGUUGGGUACACCUGUUUUGAUUCUCUAUAGGGAACACCACUACCUAACUAUCAUCAUCAUCAUCUUGUUAUGAACUGUUUGAGUAUGAAUCUCCCAAGGAGGGUGGAUUAAGAAAUGGGAUGUUCUUCAUCCAAGGUGGAUGAUGAAGAGUCGGUCCGGCUAUGCAAAGACAGGAAGAAGUUCAUCCAACAAGCAGUUGAGUAUAGAUUUCAGUUUGCUUCCGGUCACAUUGCUUAUAUCCAAUCUAUGAAACGAGUUUCUGAUGCUCUCCGAGACUACGUCGAGGUGGAUGAGCCUCGUGAGUUCUUAUUGGACGCAUUCAAAACCUCCCGCCCGGUCCCACCAUCUGUAAAAAAAGUGAAACCAUCUGGAUUCAUCUCUAUUGAACCCACAAUGAGAGUGAACUACUUUAGACCCAGUGGGAUCCCUUCUGUUUCUGUGGAGGAGAGGCCACCGCGAACGCCAGAAAUGUUUAGGGUUCAUACAUAUUCUCCUACUAUGUAUCAUCAGUAUGGGAUGGAUGAUGGAUUUUUCAGUAUGCAAUCCCCGCCCACGACAAACAGUAGGCCUGAAAAUACACAGUGGGAUUACUUCUGGAAUCCGUUUGCUUCAUUGGAUCACUAUGGUGGCUAUCCCACAACGAGUGGAGCUCUUGAUCAUGGCAUUUUGGGCGAUGUUGAUGAUGAUGAGGGGUUAAGGCAUGUCAGGGAAAAGGAGGGGAUUCCUGAUCUUGAAGAGGAGUCUGAGCAUGAAGAAGCCAAGUCCAGGGAAAGUAGAAGAGGAGAAGAGAGAGAUAAUAGGUUUCAGCAGAAGUUCGAUAGGGAAGAAGUCUUGGUUGAAGAUGAUAGUGAUGAUGACGACGACAUAGAUGAACACAUUGAUACAGAGCACUGUGUUCAAGGGUCUAACUCAAAUCCUAAUCAUAAUACUCAAGGAUUGAGUAGUAAUGCCAAUCAUCAUUAUCAGGGAUUAAACUCAAAUGCCAUGAAUCCUCAUUUUCGGGGGUCAAACGUGAAUGCUAGUCAUCAAUAUCAGGGAAUGAACUCAAAUGCCAUGAAUUGUAAUUUUCAAGGAUCAAAUUCGAAUGCCAGCCAUCAUUAUCGGGGAUUGAACUCAAAUGCCACCAAUCCUCAUUUUCAGGGAUCAAACUCAAAUGCCAACCAUCAUUAUCAAGGAUUAAACUCAAAUGCCACCAAUCUUCAUUACCAAGGAUCAAACUUAAAUGCCAGUCAUCAUUAUCAAGGGUUAAACUCAAAUGCCACCAAUCAUCAUUAUCAAGAAUUAAGCUCAAAUGCCACCAAUCAUCAUUAUCCAGGAUCAAACUCAAAUAUCAUAAAUCCUCACUAUCAAGAAUUAAACUCCAAUGUCAAUCAUCAUUUUCAAGGAUCAAAUGCAAGUGCCAAUAGCCAUUUUCAAGGAUCAAACAAAAAUGACAUCAAUCUUCAUUUUCAAGGAUCCAACUCAAAUGCCGCCAAUCACUUUCAAGAAUUAAACUUAAAUGCCAAUCGUGAUUCUCAAGAAUCAAACUUGAAUCAUCAUGUUCAAGGAUCAAACUCAAAUCCCAGUCGUCAUGUACAAGGAUCAAAAUCUAAUGCUAGUCAUCGGGCAACAGUGUCUAGGGCACAAAACAAGGGCCAAGUGAGUACUAAAGAGAAUGCAGUUGCUGAUUGUGAACCAAAUGAGGAUAUGGCAGGAUUUACAGUUUAUGUAAAUAGAAGGCCAACAAGCAUGGCAGAAGUUAUUAAGGACCUUGAAGCUCAGUUUACAAUUGCUUGCACUUCAGCUAAACAAGUAUCAUCUUUAUUAGAGUCUAUCAGGGCUCACUAUUCAACAACAUCAAAUGACCUCAAAUCCAAGAAAAUGUUGAACCCAGUGGCUCUACUUCGGUCAGCAUCUUCAAGAUCGUCUUCAUCUAGAUUCUUGCUCAAUCCCUCCAUUAUAAAAGAUGAAUAUCAUCAAAGCUACAGUGAGCUGUCUGAUGACUCCAUAUUCUCAAGCAGUCACCAGUCGACCUUGGACAGAUUAUAUAUAUGGGAAAAGAAACUCUACCAAGAAGUUAGGGUAUGCAUCUGAUGAGUUCAAUUAAUUAAUCUGCAUAAAUCACUGCAUGUAUAGUGUUAUUAUCAGAGAACAUUCUAUCAUGAGCUUCACAGAAAGUUGAAGAGUCCAUUUUUUACUUGCAAAACUUUUACAGCUUGUUUUAUGUUGCUGCCAGAUUUUUUUAGUUUAUGGUUAUGAAAGAUACUUUAUAUUACUUCAUUUAAGUUCUUUAAUGGACUAAAAUACAAAAUGCCAAAGAGAUCCUGAAAAUAUAUUUUCUUAGUUCUCAUGAUCUUGAUUUAAGUUUUCAUAAAAUGGACAUACGAUCAAAAGUAGAAAAUGGUACAAAACAAGCACUUAGUGAAUGGCUUUUUAAGACGAAAUCAAUGUCUUAACUCAUGAUUGGUAUAUUUGAAUUCUUUAAGUUUCACUUCGAGAAACCAUAUUUGUUCAUCUAAUAGUGACAUUUUCCAAAUUGUCGUUACUUAAUGUUUCUUUGGUUCCAGUUAUUUGAUUUAUUGGAUGUGAAACCGCUUUUGCAUGUUUUCAAUUUUUCAUCAUCUAAGAAGCUUUUUAGAUAAAUACUCCUAUAUGCUACUUUAAUUACACGGGCGAAGACUUGCCCUUCGUACACCCCUUGUGGUGGGAUCCUUCCCGGAUCCUCGCUUUGCAUGGAUGCCUCAUGCAUUGGGCUGCCCUUUUUUUAUAUGCUACUUUUAAUUGAUUCUUCUUCUUCCUUUUACCUUCUAAAUAUAUUGAGAAGAAAUGUUCUGCAUGAUAAUCAGGCUGGGGAGCGUGUUCGGCUAGCAUAUGAGAAGAAAUGUGCACAUCUCAGAAAUCAAGAUGCGAGGGGCGCAGAUCCUUCUUCUCUUGAAAGAACAAGAGCAACAAUUAGGGGUUUGCAUACUCAGAUUAAGAUCUCAAUACACUCAGUUGAGUCUAUCUCGAAAAGGAUUGAAGCUUUAAGGGAUGAUGAGCUGCAACCCCAGCUCUUACAACUGGUGGAAGGGUAUGUAAGUUGUUUGGCUCCCUAAUCUUAAUUGGAUAAAGGAUUGUGAGUCUGUGACAUAUAUUGAUAUCCCAUAUAGGUCUGUUUUCAAGAGUUGAUUCCCAAAUUAUUGAUAUUGUAAUACUCCAAAUAGAGCAUCUAAACAACUUUCUAUCCGUGAAGUCAAUAAAACCAAGGAUUAUCUGCACAUAUGUAGCUAUGUUACAUAUUUUGUACUUUUGGUUCAUGGCUUUCAUUUGAACCGCUUAGGUGCCCGACCAGAGAUUCUUUAAAGUUUUCGUCCUUCUGGCCACUUAACCGGCCGAUUCCAGUACAAUCCCCACUUGAUUUUCACUAGAUAAUUGACUGAAUAAACUAAAAGUGGCUAGGAGCCCGUAGUCGUACACCAAAAGUGAGAGUGACCCUAAUAAUCAUGGGACCAAAAAAGAGAUGUAUCCUUAAUUAGUUUCAUAUGCGUCUCUAUGACAUGUCUAAUAUGCUUUCCUUGUUUGGUUUUGCUCAAUUUAUCUAAUUAUCCAACCUCAAUAUUAUAAAAAACCCUACCUAACAUCGAUUAAACCCCAGCUCUAGGCUCCUCUUAAACUGUGCAGGCCCCGUUUAACCUCGAUCAGUCACAGCCUAGAUGCUUUAGGCAUUGGUCUUAAAUAACUACAUUGCUUAAUCUUACUUAAAUCACCACUAACAGAAAUUCUUUAUGGAUGAUGAUGAGCAGGUUAGGUAAAAUGUGGAAGGUGAUGGCAGAGUGCCACCAUAUACAGAAAAGGACACUGGAUGAUGCUAAGCUCUUACUCGCCAGCACACCAUCAUCUGCACAUUCCCAAACCAAGAAAUACACAAUAAUGUCACAAUCCGAACCUCACCAGCUAGCCCACUCAGCGGCUAACCUUGAGAUGGAGCUCAGGAAUUGGAGAGCCUGUUUUCAGUCAUGGAUCACUUCUCAACGCUCCUACCUGCAAGCGUUAAAGGCAUGGCUCUUACGUUGUCUCUACACAGGAUCCGGAAAGACAAAGUCAAUGUGCUCUCCCACUCUCCUUGGUGAGAGCCCCGAGGGAGCGCCGCCAAUAUUCAACAUAUGCAUCCAGUGGUCAAAGCUGUUGGAUUCUGUCAGGGAGGGACCAGUUCUUGAAGGGCUUGACUUCUUUGCAGCAGGGGUUGGUUCCUUAUAUGCACAUCAGAUGAGAGAGGAUCCACGGCGGAAUACAGGCCGGUCAAAGCAGUUCGGCGGUGACCCUCACCGUAUGGAGGUGGCGGAAAUUGGAAGAGUGGAUGAUGAUGAUGAUGGUAAUGAUGAUGGUGAGGGAGUAAUGACAGCAGAAAAGAUGGCUGAGGUUGCCAUUAGAGUGCUUUGUGCUGGGAUGUCAUUCUCUGUUAGCUCGCUGACAGAAUUCGCACUUGCAUCAGCUGAAGGGUAUGCUGAUUUGCUCAAGAUUCGGGAGGGGAGAGAGAUUCCAGCAAAUAUGGAAACAACUUCAUGACAUAGUUCUCUAGGGUAGUUAGAUAGAUACAGUGUAAAUUAGUGUUUGGCUCAGCCAUCUUAAAUUCGUAAUUCCAUAGAGAGAAAUGAGUUAUUUAAUUAAUGGAGCGGCAAGACAAUAGGAUAAUGAAAAAAAAGUUACAUGCCCCUGAUAAUUACAGGGAGGAGAUUUACUUGUUAGGUUUCUGCACCUUUAUUAAGGAAUUUAUUUAUUAUGCACAAAA